AGACAAACCACACAACGAGACAAAAACACUGCGGCUUUGCAGCGCCUUCAUCUUUCUAACCACAACCUUUGGAAUCACCUUUUUAACCCUUCACAAAGACCGUGCAUGGACCAAAAAAGGUCUUGAGGACUUUUGCAAAGCCGUAAACUUUCUUUUUACUACUUACAUGGUGGCACGUUUUAAGAAGCGCGGUAAAGUGAACUCUCCGAUCGAGCGCUGCGCGUAACGCGAAGUGACUCGCUCUUUUUUCCCGGAUUUUGAAGUUUAUCACAGCAACGUUCAACAUUGGAGAAGCAAAAAAUCGACCUCGAGAAUUAUGUCCGCGUUUCUUCUGCGUGUAACCACGAGCUCGUGCGCGUUAAUUUCAACGCGAUUCACCUGUGGGAGCGCGUAAAGCUCGCGCGUAAAGCCUGAGAGGAACCGAUCUCAUCCAACUUUUUCGGUUUCUGGAAGGCGCGUUACUCAGCCUAACGGACUUUAUAUAGAUCCUGGCUAUUUGUGAUUGAAAACCCUGACUUUAGUGCUGCUUUUGAAGUGUCCUUACCUUUGCUGACAUUGUUGUGAUGCGCAUUCCGGUAGACCCGAACACCAGCCGCAGGUUCAGUCCACCGUCCAGCAGCCUUCAGCCGGUGGCGGGGAAGAUGAGCGAUGUGCAGCAGGAGCCGAACGCGGCGGUGCCGAGACUCCGACAGCACGACAACCGAACCAUGGUGGAAAUCAUCGCGGACCACCCCGCCGAGCUCGUGCGCACGGACAGCCCCAACUUUCUGUGCUCAGUGCUGCCGUCUCACUGGAGGUGCAACAAAACUCUCCCGGUGGCGUUUAAGGUUGUUGCUCUGGGAGAUGUUCCUGACGGGACUGUGGUGACAGUUAUGGCAGGGAAUGACGAGAACUACUCGGCAGAGCUGCGAAACGCCUCAGCUGUCAUGAAGAAUCAGGUGGCGCGUUUCAACGACCUGAGAUUUGUUGGCAGGAGUGGAAGAGGAAAGAGCUUCACGCUGACAAUCACAGUAUUCACGAACCCACCGCAAGUGGCGACUUACCAUCGAGCCAUAAAGGUCACAGUGGACGGACCGCGGGAGCCGCGAAGACACAGACAGAAAAUGGAAGACCCCCCAAAACCUCCGCUGUUCUCCGAGCGCCUGAGCGAGUUAGAGCGUUUACGCCAGACCACCAUGAGAGUUGCCGUGCAAACCCAGAGUCCCCGGCCGUCUCUCAACGCCACGCCGAACUCCUUCAAUCCACAGGGGCAAACUCAGAUCUCAGAUCCGCGGCAGGCACAAUCCUCUCCGCCCUGGUCCUACGAGCAGCCGUACACUCCUUACCUGAGCCAAAUGACAUCUCCCUCCAUCCACUCCACCACCCCGCUGUCCUCCACCCGCGCCACGGGCCUGCCCACCAUCAGCGAUGUGCCAAGACGCCUCUCAGGUACGUCGGAUCUCAGUCCCUUCUCGGCCGACCCUCGGCAGUUCGAACGUCAGUUUCCCGGUCUGUCCACGCUCACAGAAAGCCGCUUCCCCAGUCCCAGAAUGCACUAUCCUACGACGUUCACGUACACCCCCACUCCGGUCACCUCCGGCAUGUCUCUGGGCAUCUCCACCAACACCCACUACCACACCUACCUGCCUCCCCCGUACCCCGGCUCCACCCAGAACCAGAGCGGGCCCUUCCAGACCAGCAGCACGCCCUAUCUCUACUACGGCGCCUCGUCCGGGUCGUACCAGUUUUCCAUGGUGCCGGGGGGAGACCGCUCCCCUUCCAGGAUGCUUCCGCCUUGCACUAGCGCGUCCACCGGCAGCUCCCUCAUCAACCCAAACCUGCCCAACCAGGCGGACGGGGGCGAAGCGGACGGCAGUCACAGCAGCUCGCCCACCGUGCUCAACUCCAGCGGCAGGAUGGACGAGUCCGUUUGGCGACCCUAUUGAGACAGCCUGGUCGAACCGUCUCAAUAGGCUCAAUAGGGAGACCUCAACGCAGCACUGUUAGCCUUAAAGACAGAGUGCGAGAGAUAGUUGCAUUUAGGCAUGAUCGGAUUUGAAGCACAAACUCGUUGGUACUCAUUGUUGAAUGGUUGCAGUGUAUUUUAUGACUACACUGAUGUUGUUUUGAUUUUCUAAUACAGAUGACGAUUUAUCCGAUUCAUCUGACAUUCCACAUCGGCUAUCGGUCACUGAAUUUAAGGAAUAGUUCACUCAAAAAAUUCAAAUGUACUGCCUCAUAUCGUUUUCAAAGGACUUUUAGUACAAUUUCAGAGAAUACAAAUUCUUAAAGACAUUGUUCACCCAAAAUGUUUAAUUCUGUCGUUAAUUACUGAGAUGAAAUCUGAGAGGUUCCUGUCACUCUGUUGUCAGCUACGCAACUACUACUUUGUCGCUUCAAAGAGUUCCUAAAGAGAUUGUAAAACUAAACCAUAUGAAUUGAGCGGUUUAGUCCAAGUUUGACUCCUAAAAGAGACACAAUCACUUUAUAUGAUGAACAGAUUGAAUUUGGAAUUCAACUCACACAACAGUUCCUUCUCGUGUUACGUAGCACGUUUGAGCUUCAGCAAUAGCCAAUGAGGUUCAUUCUCGUGUUACGCAGCACUUUUGAGCUUCAGCAAUAAC